AUGAGCGACCGCAGCAGAAGCAGCGUUAGCUCCUCUAGCGUCGCCUCCUGCAAUGCUUCCGAUUCCUCCUAUCACCCUACUUCUCCAGUGCCCGUCAAGCAUUCCGUCGCUUCUACCGCCCAUUCCUCUUCGUCAAACUCGAGAAAACGCUCUGCCAAUGGUGCCGUUGCAACGCAAGAUGACUACGGUCUCCCUCCGCCGCCGACCCGGCUGCGAAAGAUUAUUCAAAUGAAGCCGAAGGAGGAGAAGAGUGUUACACAAGAGCAGGAAUCGCAAGCGACCGAGGCUGCAACGACAGCUGGAUCCACAGCGAAGGGCAAGAGUUCUGGAGGUCGUGGCAAGAAACAGAACAACGGCACCACAGCGGCAGGGCGGAAGAUUGCGCGGAAGACGGCGCAUAGCCUCAUUGAGCGCCGGAGACGUUCGAAAAUGAACGAGGAAUUCGGGGUGCUUAAGGACAUGAUCCCUGCAUGUACUGGCCAGGAAAUGCACAAGCUCGCGAUUCUGCAGGCCAGCAUUGAGUACAUGCGUUACCUUGAGCGCUGUGUUGCCGAGUUGAAAGCAGCAAGCCGGGCAAAGCGUUCAUCCGAGUCGCCGCCCCAGCAGUUGACUGAAAUGACGCAAUGGCAGCCGCCGACUAACGUGGAGGAGGACGAGGAAGAAGAGGAGAACGACCAGGACGAAGACAUGUCUGAUGCCGUUUCCCCUACUACAGCUACACCGAACGCACAAAGUGCGCAGCCGCCCUUCCCCGGGCCGCCCUCCAGCACAACAUCACCCAUAAUAUACCCCACAGACCGGGGUCACUUCUCCGCACAUACCUCCCCAGCACUACUCCCCGCAGAUGGCGACCACAGGCGGUUGAGCUCGGUCAACACGUCACCAAACAUCUUCGGCAUCCCGCAGCACCGCUUCUCGUUCUCGGCGCACUCAACCACAACUUCUCCAUCCAUCCUACCCUCGCCGUCGGUGGUUGGUCGGGCAGAGAGCAGAUCGAGGCAUCCAAGCUUUGCCUUGACGAGCCCGGCUUUGGGGCCUCAACCGGAUUCUCGGGAGGAUCACGAAGCGACAGCGGCGCUGCUGAUGUUGAACAACGAUCGUAGGUCGUGGAGCGGGGCCAAUUCGAAGGCGUCGACGCCGGUGUCGCGAGGCAUGAGUGUGAAGGAUCUUUUGAGCGGUUGA